UCAGCUCAUCCUGAACGGUGUUUUUUUUCCUUUUUCGAUCAAAGGUGUAGAGUCCUUACCGUGUGUGGUGUUCAAAAAUGAAUAAAUUCCUGGCUCUGAUCAGUGUGGGGUGUGUCCUGUUGGCCGUUCACCAAACUUUGGGGGCUCCCCAGGGCCCGGAUGCUGUUGGUACGCGAUCGGCGGCUCAGGAAGUGACGGUUGUGCGAUCGUUCAGUGAAAAUAAUGGCUUCGAUGGGUAUCGGUUCACUUACGAGCUGAGCGAUGGGCAGAUCCGUUCCGAGGUGGGAACCUACAAGGAUGCCAAGGAUGCCGAGGGUAAGGACGUCAAGGUCCUGGUCGUCCAGGGAUCGUACUCGUACGUUGCUCCCGAUGGCCAGACGCACUGGGUCAACUACGUUGCCGACGAAAAUGGAUAUCGCCCCAAGGUUGGAACCGGCCCAACUGGAGGAAUCCAGCCGGGUCAGGAUGCUCCCAUUAGCACCGCCUAAUUAGGGGGAUUGCACCUCAAUCAUCCUACUGUGAGAGACUGUGUUUUACAAAACGGUGGUAGUUUUAGUUGAUUUCUCUAAGUCAGUUUGAGUAAUCUUUUUUUUGGAAACUAGAAAAGAACCUCAACCCCAAUAAUUUCCGAAAGAGAUAUCAAUAGUUUUAAGGUACACUGUAAAUAUGAAGACAAAUGAAGUGAGUGAGCUCUGCCAAGUAAAUAAACGUUGAGAUUAAUGUCGAUGGAGAUUUUAA